GAGGAAGUGUUCAAAAAUGUUUACCGCUAGAAUCUCUCAGCGGCUGAUAUCCGCUAGCUAUGGUGCACUAGUGGAAACAAGAAGAUCUGUAUUGAUGAAUUUAGGAGAAUCUACUUUUGGUUAUGAACUUUUGAAAACAGCGCCGGCCGCCGACUUUCAACAAAAAAGAUUUAAAGUCAGGGAUUUGAAAGUAGAUUUUACCUUCAAACGAGAACGUCCUGUUGGUCCUCACAAACACAAAACCCCAAACCUUAUAGAUCCAAGAGCCUCUCGUGAAAUAGACUACAGGAGGAUAGUUCACUAUCCCGAGGAUGGAAAAUAUACAAUCAAAAAAUUAAAAAUGACGAAGCUUGGCGGCAGGCAUCCUGUUACUGGAAGGAAGGUAAUAGAAGGAGUGGGGGGAGGCAGUAAAAGAAAAUAUAGAUGGAUAGAUUUCCACAGACUUCCUCAGGUGAUAAUAUUUUCAGGAUACGGGACCCAUCUCAGAUAUCAAAUUGCCACAAAAAACAUGAAACAGGGAGAUUUAAUCCGAACAUUUACUGAUAUUCCGGACAAUCCUAUUCGACCUAAAGAAGGAGACUCGCAUCCGCUUGGGGCUCUUCCGAUAGGAACAGCCAUCUGUCAGAUUGAAGCAUGGCCCGGUGAGGGGGCGUUUUUUAUGAAAAAUGCCGAGGAUGAGGCAAAAAUUGUCAGAAAGGUUGGCGACAGAGUAGUUAUCAAGUGUUGGGAUAAACUCGAGUUCGCUAUUCCUCAGGAAGCCCAGUGUGUUAUUGGGGCUAAUUCUAUUCAUCCGCUUCGUGCUAUGCCAAUAGGUUCUCCUAACCGAAUGAGAUGGUUGGGUAGGCGGCCUAGAUCUGGUUUAUGGAAGAGGAAGGGAGGAAGGAUGAGAAGGAAAAUAAAUAAAAUAAUUACCUCUAUAUUAGGUUCUCCUAACCGAAUGAGAUGGUUGGGUAGGCGGCCUAGAUCUGGUUUAUGGAAGAGGAAGGGAGGAAGGAUGGGAAGGAAGAUCAAGAAACCUCCACCAACUACAAAUACAACCCCGUAUGCUGAGUUUAUGAAGGAUGUUGGUACUCCCUCUAACAGACCUGUUCGAGGCAGAUCUGUCCUGCUGACCGCUAAGGGUGAGGGAAGGAAGGGUAGAACUCCAGCUAGUAAACGUCUUUGUCCUGAUGGAUGGUAAAACCUGCGGCCCCACCCCCUUCAGUAUUUAUUAUAGUUGAAUAAAAAUUUAAUCUUA